GAAGCAUCUGGGAAAUUUAGCUUCGGAAAGCCGCUAAGAGCUCCAACCUUCACUCCUUAUCCUCUUUGCCUUUGCUUUCUCUCUUUAGCCCUUUUUUCUUUUUCAUUUUCAUUUUUUCCCCUUUACUUCCCUCCAAUCUUUCUCUCAGUUUCUUUGAAUCAAAUCUUCAUUUCACAUUCUAAUUUAUCAAAGAUUUCGUCAUUUCAGCAAUUCCUCUUUGCUUCAGUUUGAAUUAUAUGUUGUCGAAUCCUUUAGCCUUCUUUUGUCCCUCCAUUGUCUUGUUUUAUGAACUUUUUGUGUCUUUUAAAUUUUCUGCAAACCCUGAAAGCAAAGCCUUUUAUGAACCCGUAUUCCGUUCUUGCUAGUAUUUUGAUUUUCGUCUCUAGGUAACCUUCACUUUUGCAGAAUUAUAGAUUCUUGAAUUGAACUGGUUUUGGAGUUCAACAAAAUUAUCCGUUAGGAGGGUUUAGAUAGAUAUAUAAUCAUGAAAGGUGAAAGAAUGGUGAAGAGAUCAUCAUUUGGAAGAAUAGUAAGGAAAAGGCUAUCUGACAUUACCAACUCUCAGUCCCAACACAAAUUGGUUAGCCUCGAGGAAAAGCAGCCUCCAAUUCCUAACUCCACAGAUGACUUGAUUAAUCUGCUUCUUAAGGAGAAAGCAGCUCUAAUGCAGCUUAUUGAGGAGAGAAAUAAAAUCAUAGCAUUGAGUGAUAACCGACUGAGGAAUCUGCGAAUGCAUUAUCAGAAACUGCAGCUGCAGAACUGGAAUCUUGCUCAAUCAAACAGCCAGAUGUUAGCAGUCAGUUUCUCCUUGUUCAUUGAGCUUAAUUUAGGAAGAGAAAAACUGAAGGCACUUCAACAUGAAGUUGUAUGCAAGGAUGCCUUACUUAAAGCAAAGAAUUUGGAGCAAGCGGGAAAAGCAGAUAUUAAAUAUCAAAGCACUGGCUUCCAGGAAGUGGAGAAGAAUAUGGAAGGACAAUGCUUAAACAAAGCUAAUAACAACAGGAAGCCUGGUAGUCGCAUCAGAAGGCAUACAGCAAGAAGUCGAUCUAUGGGCCCUUCCACUACGUCUAAACAAGGCCUGGAAAAAGAGAAGCUUGAAAACAAAAAGCGAUGUUUGAGAAGGCAAUCUGCUAGGUUCAAAUCCCACGAAAGAGAGCCUAUGCAGAACUUGUUCGAGAUUGAAGAUGCUAAAUUUCCAAUCACUCGGCCACUUGAUAGUCCAAUGCAGGAAGAUGGUCUGAUAACUCAAUCUGGUUCAUCUGUUGUAAAGGAAGAAACAUUUGAGCCAGGAAAUGAAGCACAUGUAGCACAAAGAUCUUCACUCGGCAGACCAGUUCGCAGAGCAGUAUCUUCACUCGGCAGACCAGUUCGCAGAGCAGUUGAGAAGGUGCAAUCCUAUAAAGAAGUUCCCCUUAAUACCAAAAUGCGCAGGUAAGAAUGAGCAUGUUCUACCAUUGAGUUCCCACAUUUGUCAUUGUAAGCUAUAACUAAUGUUUGUGUUCUUCUGCAUAUUUAACUGGUGAGAGUGCUGUUGUGCCAUUGUAAGUUUAACAAUUGUUGUAAUGUAAAAGGGGUUUCAAUGA